UUCAGAAGCGUAGUGCUAGAGACACAUCUUUGUAGCUCCGACCCAUACUUUUCUCCCUCUCCCAGCCACAACGUGAAACCUAGCUCGCAUAGGAUGGCUGGUUCCAAGGUUGUUGUGUGCACUUGCAUUAUGAUCUUUCUUGUCAUCUCAAGCCAGGCUGAUGCAAGGCGGCUGAUGGCGGCGACGACGUGCGACGUCAAGGAAGGAUCAUGCAAGGGUGGCGUCGCCGUCGACAUCGAAGGCGAUGGAGGCGUCACGUCGUCAAAGCAAGAAAUGGUCUCCGCGACGGGCACAGAGCAAGCCGGCGAAGGGAUGCCAAUGACGACCACGGACUCCCGGCCGACGGCUCCCGGGAACAGCCCCGGCAUCGGCAACCGAGGGAAGAUCAACAACUAGAGUACCGUGUUCGUUCUUAUCUGUGUUUCUUAUCUAAGGGUGCAAUGAAGCUGGGUACUAGUACUGUACUCGUUUGUAAUUUGGUACUUGCUAGUCCUACCAUUCUGUUUAUUUCUCUUUUCGUUUUGUUUUUCUUUUUUUUUUGUGUAAAAUGUUCAGUCCAGUAUGCAUUGUGAACUUUUGUACUGCUAUUUUGCAACCUGAUUUUGUAACCAUGAUUGGCAUAAAUAAAGUUCUGCA